AUGUCUCGCAGAGUGGAUUGGUGGAUACGGCAGGUGUACCUCGGCAUAAUCCCUUCGUAUCCUGUAGGAUAUAUGAUAGUUCACGGGUUUCGCGAUCGUCCAUGGUCUAAAAUAUAUGUAGAAAGGAGCGCUUUCCCGCCUUCAGAACAGCUCAAGGAGUUGGUCGAGUCAGAAAUGGAUAAAUUAUACGACCUCAAGAUUCCUAAGGUGUAUGUAAGCCUGACGGACUCGAGUGAGCCUCGCGUGUAUGGAGGAUUUUUUCUAAAUGGGGGCGCUGAACUUCAAUUUCCCAUGAGAGUGUCUUUCGAAGAUGUGGAGAGUGCUCGUCGUUUAGCUCAGAAUGUCGAACUCGACUUGGGCUUGGCUAGGCAUCGGCGCAAAAUCGAAGUAAACACAAAGAUUGGAGAAGAGCUGACGUCGCGUAUGGUGUUGUCCGACGCAGCAAAGAUGUUCAUUGUACAGCGGCAACUUCAGCUCGCUAACAGGUAUUUCGAGUUUCGUUGGAGUAGCCGUCGGUUCAGUUAUAGGAUGGUAAUUUCCGCAUGCACGUUUCGUCAGUUUUUAAAGAGCUAUAACGAAUACAAAGUGAAAUGGGCGGAUGAGAAGGCUGUUGAAAUGGGCGAGGAUUAUUUACAAGGAGCUCGCGACUAUUUUGGCUCCACAAUGAAAUUCAAUAGAUUUUUGCGAGUGCUGCUAGGUGAAGAUGGGGAACAAAAUAUUUCGAAAAACGGAGACGUUAGGGUUGAUCCAGUUCCGCUCUCAGUGAGGUUGAAAAAUGUUGUCGCCCACCGUAAAUCGAUGGCUGAAGCACCAAAAGAAAACGAUAGUUCCGAUACUUUGGUUAUGCGACUAUCCCGUGCAGUACUGUCUUAUAGAAAAUGGAAUGAGCAAGCGACAGCCUUUUUGCAAACGAAAGCUGGGCGACGAUUACGGAUCGGAUUGCUCGGAGGAACCAUUAUCGCCUAUCCCCUUGCUUCUUUGCUCAUUAAUGAUACUUCGGUAGAAGAGCUUCCGCCUAGACUGAAGGAGCUUGCACGAGAAGAAUACGAACGGUUCCUAGAGUCGGAGUCACGUGUUCCAAAAGAUGCCGUUGUUUCGCAACAUCUGGGAAAGCUCAUUAGCGAGUAUGAAACGGUAGCAGCUGGGUCACUUGGAGUGCGAACUGGCCUACAUCUUGCUGUCCCCUGUCAUGCUCAGUUUGAAAAUGUCGAUGAAGCAUUGGCAUACCUGAGGAAACACCACACUCAUUACAUCGACGCUCUAGGUGUUCAAGUCCCUAUUCAGUGGGACACCCCUGCUGGAAAGGAGUUAGCUAAUGCUUUCGUUCUAUCAGAAAAUGCUCUGCGAUUUAUAUUUUUACGAGAUUUACAUGCCCAUGAUGGAUACGCGUCCUUAGCUCAACGGAGUAUAUCUUGGGCAACAUGGACCUCAUUUACGAGUAUAUUUACGUACUGGCUGCAUAACUCAGCUCGGAUAUUCGGUGGAACUGCAAUGUCUUUUGCCGUUAUUUAUGCUAUAUUUGUUUCUGCUGCAUGGUAUUCGAACAAGCAGUGGUAUUAUUUGUAUCGAUAUGUGACAGAUGUUCAUGCUGACAGCGUCGCUGCCCGCUCAUCGUUUUGCCAUUGUGAAGGUGGAAAAGAGUUGUAUUGGAAGCAACUGAAACGAAAUAGGGUCCUGCGCGAUAUAUGCCCUGAUUUGAGGGCGAAGAUAACCUCCAUCGGGAGAUAUUCGUGGAGAAUGAGUUCGACAGCUGUCGGCCUAGGAGCAUGUGCAUUGUCUUCGGUUUUCUUUGGAAGCGCAUAUGUUCCUAUAAAGAAGUUCGACGCCUCUAAUGUACAGUGGGUUAUGGCUGUUGGUAUACUUUGCUUCGGAAUGGCUGUCAAUGCUUUCGAAUCAUUCCCUAAAUUGCAACCAUUUGCUAUGCUUGGUGGAGUACUCUGGGCUUUAGGUAAUGUUACUGCUGUGCCUAUUAUGAAUAUUCUUGGUCUUGGAAUGGGAAUGCUGAUUUGGGGAGCGACCAACUGCGUAUGUGGAUGGGCUGUGGGAAGAUUUGGCUUGUUUGGUGUGAAGGCUACCAUUCCUGCAUUACCUUUAUUGAACUAUCUCGGUUUAUCGAUGGUCAUUGUAGGAGGCGUUUUCUUUUCUCAAAUUCGGCCAUCUGUUUCCAUUCCUUCAAGUGUUGAGCAUGUUAUUGCUGACGAAAGAAGUAGUCCCGUCAGAGGGGAUUCGGAUGAAGAUAGCCCUCUGCUGAACUCUACGAUACCUAUACCAAUUGAUCGCAGGACGAAAAGGCUCAUGUUUGUCGCGAACGACAAUCUAUCACAAUCUGUCACUUUCCCUAUCAUUAGCAUGGUACCAGGCGUAUGUGCAGCCAUGUGGAGUGUAUUUUAUUUCAAAGAAAUAACAGGUCAUCGCAAUCUACGCAUUCUAUCGAUCGCAAUUUGUACUACUUUAACCGGCGCUGUACUGGUGGGAAUAUCC